GGCGAAAGCACGUGAGUAAACAGGAAGUACCUUUGCAUUUCGCGGGUUAUGUGAUAACGCGUGCAUGGAAAUGGCGGAUAUGAAUGCAAUGGAGAAGAAACUGGCAGAGUACAAAUGUGACACCAAUGAAGCCAUUUGUUUAAAAUUAGUGCGUUUUCCAGAGGAUAUAGAUGAUGAAAGUACAACGUUCCAUCCUGAGUAUAGCCAUCAGCUGUAUGGUGAUGAUGAAGUGGCAUUUGGAUACAAAGGCCUUCAGAUUCAGCUUUACUACACUGCUGGCAACCUGAGCACGCUUUUCAAAGUGAAGUACACUUCCAAAGUCAAUGAAAAGUUUGACUGUGUGCAGCCUGAUGAUGUGGAAGGGAAGAUCAGAGAAAUCAUUCCUCCAGGGUUUUGCUCCAACACAGAUGACUUUAUCUCUCUUUUGGAGAAAGAGGCUAACUUUAAACCAUUUGGAAGCCUCUUGCACACCUAUAAAGUUCACAAUGUGGAAGAGGGAGUUGAUCUCACUUACCUGAUACACAAGGCAGAUAUCGCAUGUCCAGGAUUCAGAGAAUACCACGAGCGACUUCAGACAUUUCUUAUGUGGUUCAUUGAGACAGCCAGCUUUAUUGAUGUAGACGAUGAUCACUGGGACUUCUUCCUUGUAUUUGAGAAAUACAAUAAGGAUGGGGAGACUCUCUAUGCUACGGCUGGCUACAUGACAGUGUAUAAUUACUACGUAUACCCAGACAAAACCAGACCACGUGUUAGUCAGAUGCUGAUCCUGCCACAAUUUCAAGGUGAAGGUCAUGGGGCCCAGUUGUUAGAGACGGUUCACCGGUUCUACUGCAACUUACCUAAAGUUCAGGAUAUCACAGCGGAAGACCCAUCUGACAAUUAUGUGAAGUUAAGGGACUUUGUGCUUGUGAAGUUGUGUAUGGAUCUGCCUUCUUUCUCCAACGAAAAACUGGCCCUGGGAUUCAGUGAAGAAAUGGCUACUGAAGCUCGCGAGAAACUUAAAAUCAACAAGAAGCAUGCCAGGCGGGUGUACGAGAUUCUGCGUCUCAGAAACACAGACAUGAGUGAUGAGGAAAAGGCCAGAGAGUUUCGGCUAGAAGUGAAGAGAAGGCUCUUUGGUCCUUACAGGAAGAACCAGCGUGAGCUGAGAAAGAUGCGCAAGUGUUUGAGUGCUGAGGAACUGGCAUCCCAUAUAAGUCACAUGGACACAAAGCUACAGCAUGAAGAACUGGAGAAGAGCUACCAGGAUGUUCUGGGAGAUUAUCGCAGAGUGCUUGAAAGACUGGCCCAGGCAUGAAUACACCCAGCAGGGGGGGUCAGGGGGUAGAUUUACUGUAGUAGGGGCUAGAUGAGUGCUCAACUAUAAAAUGGAUACACACAUUUGACAAGCCUACUCCUACCAUACCUUUGUAAAUCAUAUAAGACCUCACCAAAACAAUGGAUGUGAUGUGUUGGAAUCACAUUUGUUCUCUUGUUCCAGAGAAGAUUUUUUUGGAACAUUUUUCUUUUCUCCUUGUAUUUCAGUGUCUGACUCAGAUGUCAAAUUCAAUAGGUUUUGAAGCACUUCCUAUAAAAGAAAUAAAUGUUUUGUAUAUUGA